AUGUCAGAUUCCAACACCACCCACUUCAGUAAUCCCUCCAACUUCAUCCUGCUGGGCUUUCCUGGCCUGGAGACAGCCUACGUCUGGAUCUCCAUCCCCUUCUGCAGCAUGUAUCUUAUAGCCCUCUUUGGGAACGUCAUCAUCCUGCUCAUUGUGAAGAGGGAGCCAAGCCUUCAUGAGCCCAUGUACUAUUUCCUCUGCAUGCUGGCCGUUGCCGACCUGGUCCUGUCCACCUCCAUCGUGCCCAAAAUGUUGUCGAUCUUCUGGUUCAACUCCAGGGAGAUCAGUUUCAGUGCCUGCCUCACCCAGAUGUACUUCAUUCACUGCGUCCAAUCAAUGGAAUCUGGGAUCUUUGUGGCCAUGGCGUUGGAUCGCUACGUGGCCAUCUGCCAUCCCCUGCGACAUUCCUCCAUCCUGACAAACUCCAUGGUCAUCAGGAUUGCCCUGGCCGUGGUACUGCGCAGUUGCAUGCUUGUACUACCGCAUCCAUUCCUCGCUAGUCACUGGCCAUAUUGCAGAACUGACCUCAUUCCCCACACUUAUUGCGAGCACAUGGCCGUGGUGAACCUGGCCUGUGCCAACAUGCACAUCAGUAGUUACUACGGCCUCUUUGUGGUCUUCUCUCUGCUUGGUGGGGAUAUAUUUUUCAUUUCCAUAUCCUACGUCCAGAUCCUCAGGGCCGUCUUCAGACUCCCCACAAAAGAUGCCCGGCUCAAGACUUUUGGGACCUGUGGCUCCCACCUCUGUGCCAUCAUGACCUUUUACAUCCCCAUGAUUUUUUCUGCCCUCAUGCACCGGUUUGGCCGCAACAUAGGCCUGCAUUUCCACAUUCUUAUGGCUAAUGUAAAUGUGUUAGUGCCCCCGAUGCUAAACCCCAUCAUCUAUGGGGUGAGGACCAAACAUAUACGGGACCGGCUGCUCCGCUUACCUAGCUUGUCCAAGGUGAUGCUGGCUAAGGUAGAACAGUGUUGA